AUGAAUCGUGUGUGUUUCGACUUGUUUCCUCAAAGUUUAUAACAAACGUGUGCCAUCGCCAUUGAUACGGACCGAAAAUGCGUUUCUCGUCCGUUAAAACUGUGCCUUAAAAAAAAAUAUGUUGGAUGUAUUGCGAAGCGUUUCCGUUUGAAAGAUUCAACACUCUUUGUGAAUAUGUACGAUAUCGAAACGAAAGGUUUUCAGUGAGGUGUAGUGUAUAUUCCGUACAGCAUGAAGUGACAGCAACGAAAGACUUUUAGACGUACUUAAUAUCGUUUAUCGAAAUAUGAAUUAUCACUGUGACCAUAAACUCAGUACGAGUCAUACGAAUUUAAGGUUAGGUAGUUUAAGGACAACCUACUACAUCGUUCUAAUGGUGUACGUCGCUCUGUGCAUAUAUUAGAUACAUAAUUCUAAUAUAAAUGCGAUAUGUUACCACGUCAGUUACUUCAAAAGAUAUAAACAUGGCAGAUCGAGAUUAUGAUAUGGGCCCAGCGACGGAAAUGAUGGUAAAUGAUUUUGACGAUGAACGGACUUUAGACGAAGAAGAAGCUUUAGAAGGUAGUGAAGAUUCUCACAACGAGUUGUCCAACUUGCAAAAGGAAGGUGAUAUGCCACUAAAAGACCUACUAGCAAUGUACGGAUACGGGGAUCCGUCUACGGAAAAUUCAAACAGUUCGGAUCGGUUGUUAAUUCCAUCCGGGAGCGGCGACCCGGAAGUCGAGGGACAGUAUUCGGAUAAGGGUGACAAUGACGCGGACGACGACGACGACGACGACGAGGCGGACGCGACUAGUAACGAGCCAGAUCUCAAACAAUUUUAUACAGAAAUGUUGGUGAAAGGGAAGGACUCGACGUCGUUGGUGUCGGGAUCGGCGAUAAAAGGGGGCGGUGCUGGUAGCGUGGUCGCUGGUGACAAUAGCAGACGGCACCGUAUCCACGAUGACGACGACGACGACGAGGAGGUAGAAGGCGAGGAGUGUUCCAUGAUGGAUGGCUGUAGCAACAAUGAAAACGCGAGGACGACCGCAACGAUAGGGAGCACCGUCGCCGCGAAGUGCAGCGGCAUGACUGGACACGGAGGCUGUACGACGGACGACAAUACCGUCACUGGUGUAGAGGGCAGUGUCGGAGGCGGCACAGCGGACGGUGGCGAAGAUGGAAUAGUUAGCGGUAGUAUAGUUAGCGGUACCUCAAGAUUAUUGCGAAGCGUUUCGCGACCACAGAGCGAGGAGGAAGAGGACGACUGUGAUUACAGCCCGGACGAAGAGGAAUGGAAAAAGACAAUUAUGGUUGGUAACGAUUACCAAGCUGCUAUACCAGAAGGUCUUUGUCGUUACGACGAUGCAUUGCCAUACGAGAACGAGGACAAGAUGUUAUGGGACCCUAGCCAUAUACCCGAGGAAGAAACCGAAGAAUUCUUGGAACGGGCACAGUUGCCAGCUGUGAAGGGCGGUGCUCUGCCUACGGGGUCCCAUAUCAGAGACGACGAACAAGCGCUGUAUCUGUUGCUGCAGUGUGGCUAUAAUCUUGAAGAAGCGCUGAGAAGGCGUAGAAUGAACGUUGUACCGCCUACUGAUGCAGUUAGCCUCUGGUCGGAAGAGGAGUGCCACAACUUCGAGUCCGGGUUACGAACUUAUGGGAAAGACUUUCAUCUGAUACAGAAGAACAAGGUUAGGACGCGCUCUGUCGGCGAAUUAGUGCAAUUUUAUUACCUGUGGAAGAAAACGGAACGUCACGAUAUAUUCACGUACAAGGCCCGUCUGGAGAAGAAGAAGUACGCGUUGCAUCCUGGCAUCACCAGGGACUAUAUGGACCGAUUCCUGGAGGAGCAGGAGGGUGUGCGCGAUCGCAGCAGCUCGCCGAAUGUUCAUUGUUUGUUGUACGGUGACGCCAAGCGGCAACGGUCGACCGCUAGUGCUGUGAAUAACGACGAAUCGAAAUCCACGGAACCGUGGGACAGUGGCGCCGUCGAUCCGUUGGCGGAUCUGAACGGACCAACGCCACCGCCGCCGCCGCCACCGCCCCCUCCUCCACCGCCGCCCACGCCAAUCAUCGCCAGCGGAUCGCCAUCAGGAUUGGUCUCCACCACUUUGACGACGCCUGCGUACUGUACCUCGUCGACUCGACAGUCCGACUGCUCCCCGGCCGACUCUGCCUGUCCCAAUCCUCACGCGUGGUCGAACCUGGCCUCUCGAGGCCACUCUACCUCCUCCAUCGUGACGACGAUCACCAUCAACGCCACGGCGAACACCGCGCCGACGGUCACCGCUGUUGGUACCGCCAACACGGUGACCACCAGCUCCGUCGUCAGUUCCGUUACCUCGAAUAAUUUCUACCAUUCGCGGGCGACGUCGAGAACCAACGACACCCACGAUUCACCGUCGCCGGAGAACAUUUUACCUCAUUUGCCCCCUUAGCGUCAAACGCGACCUUCGGGUUCGCAGCCUGGAAGGCGUCAAAUGUCACUGCGCGGCGCGUUCAGCUCGUCGCUAGCGCCAUCGCUAUCGUCGUAACAUAUAACGUUCGUUGAUAUCACGAAUUCUAUAUUUUUAUACUGUAUCGUAGUAACGACUAUCGAUCGCGUCAGCGAAAAAUGUACGUUCUCGCGCGUAACGAACACAAAGAGGUAUUAAAGCUAUGUCGAUCAACCGAGAAGGACGGAAAAAAAAAAAAAAAAAAUAAAAAAAAGGAAACGAACAGUUUGACGGUGAGUGGAACUUGGACGCGAAUUACCGUAGCUUUUUCCAUUCUCUGCUUUCUACUUUCCGGUAACUGUGUCCGUCGUUGUCCGUAGAUUAAGUUUGCGAGAGGAACACACGAGUUUAAAUUAUUAACAUCGAUUCGCGUUCUCGGAUCUAUAAAUAUUUAAGUGUUGAACGAUCGUGAUCGCAGAAUUGUAGCGCCGUGCGCGAACACACGUAGGAUGAACGUAAACGUUGUUCUGUCGCUGGUACUAAAUGUACAGAAAAAAUCCAGUUCCGCAACGCGGGUUACGCGAAUCCGACGAAAUGAGACAUGAUUGAAUUAAACUAAAUUCGCUGAGAACUUGUUCUUUUUUUUUUUAUUUGCGAGAAUGCACGAAACGGUGAUCGUUAAAAUUUUUUUUGGUGAUUUGGCGCCAGUGGUUCUCCUCGACCUUUGUAAAGCCUCAUGGCACCGAGGGCGAAGAGUCGCUGCGUUUUAUACACAUUUCGAAAUUUCUCCCUCGAUUUAUUCUUUUUAUCAAACUUUUUUUAUCCUUUAU